AUGGCUGACGAUCAAUCCCCCGAUAUCUCCCAGGACUCCCAGUGCUUUAUUCCUCCUAGUGUCGACUCAGCCCAGUUGCUCUCGGGAGAGUCCUACGCAUACUACACGCCCUGUCCGGCAGCAAUCACGUCCCGCGCCAAAGCGUCACGCGAUGGCGUCGAGACGACUCCGUGUGUGCUAGGUGUGGACGAGGCUGGCCGUGGCCCCGUAUUGGGCCCAAUGGUCUACGGCGCCUUUUAUCUGCCAAUGGAACUUCACCACUCUCUCUUGGCUGAAAAGCACAGCUUCGACGAUAGCAAAGUUCUCACACCCGGCGUACGCGCAAGCCUAAUGCGACUUCUCAAUACGCCCGGCCAGGACUUGUUUGAGUCCUGUGGGUACGCGAUCAAGGCCCUGUCUGCCCGCGACAUCGGUUCUGGUAUGAUGAGACCCGGCACCGCCGUUUACAACUUGAACGCCCAGGCGAUGGACGCAACGAUCGAGAUCAUCCGUGGUGUGGUGGAAGACCGCGGAGUGGAUGUCCGAGAGGUAUACAUCGAUACUAUUGGCAAUCCGGCUACCUACCAGUCUAAAUUGGAGCGAAUUUUUCCAACCUUGAAAAUCACGGUGGCUAAGAAGGCAGACUCGCUUUACCCAUGCGUGAGCGCUGCGAGUGUGGCAGCCAAGGUGACGCGUGAUGUCGCGCUGGAAGUCCUGUACGAGGCUGUGCUUCACGCUCAACAGUCGGAUGGCGCGUCCGCUGGGGGAUGGGGUAGUGGCUACCCAUCCGAUUCCAAGUGCGUUGGCUGGCUCCGACGGAACAUGGACCCCGUCUUUGGGUGGGGUAAUGAGUGCCGCUUCAGUUGGGGAACUGCGAAGGAGAUGAUUGAAGUGAAGGGCGGAGCACGAGUGGAUUGGCCAGUGGAUGAGGAAGACGGAGCAGGGCAGCUCAGCGAGUUCCUUCUGGCAUCAGGGCCAGGGAAAAGCUCGAGCCGGAGUGGACUUGGAGAAUGGUACGGUCAAAGACAAGCUGAAAUUCUAUGA